AUGACUUCAGACGAAGAAAAACGCGCAGGAUCCGGUGCCUCGAGAGACUCGUUCCAAGCUGCAGAGACCGUCCCCAUCAGCAAUGACCUUCAUCGUACCCUCAGCCCGAGACAGAUCCAUAUCAUCUCUCUAGGUUCCAGUGUUGGUAGUGGGCUCUUCAUCGCUACAGGCAAAGCCCUUGCAAAUGGAGGGCCGGGGACUAUGUUCAUCGCUUACCUACUCGUCUGCACCGGUGUCUGGGCCAACCUACAAACACUGGGCGAGAUGACGAUCGCAUUCCCGGUUUCCGGCAACUACAUCGACUAUGCUAGCAGAUGGGUAGAUCCAGCUUUGGCGUUUGGAGCUGGUUUUGCCGAAUGGCUUGGUUGGACAGCUGUUUUUGCUGCCGAAGCCGAGUUCUUUGUAGUCCUUGUUGACUAUUGGGCUCAGGGCAGGGUACCUCACGGUGCACUAAUCUCCAUCUUCUUAGUUAUCUGCCUUAUCGUCUUUCUCCUACCCAACAACGCCUUUGCAUGGCUUCAAUGUUUCGGAUCUCUAGUGAAAGUCGCCUUGUUCGUGUUUGUCGUCAUCUUCUCGAUUGUACUGUUCGCAGGCGCUGGACCAGAUCGUGACCAUGAAUGGGGGGCUUCUUGGCACAAUGGACAAGCUUUCCAAAACGGAUUUGGGGGUUUCGCUAGCUGUGCCUUGUUGGCGAUUUGGGCCGUUGGUGACCAAGUCUUUGUUGGUGUCAUGGUAGGAGAGGCGUCAUCUCCUCGAUACUCUAUGGGCCAUGCAUCUACUCUGGUCCCUCUCCGAGUUGGAGUCAUGUACAUGACUUGCGUUGUCCUUAUCGGCCUUCUGAUUACCUCUGAUAACCCCGACCUCUUGGGCGCAUCAGGUUCUGCCGCAUCGCCCUUUGUCAUCGCUGCCAAAGGAAUCAAGGGAGUUCCUGAUCUGAUCAACGUGUGUAUCAUCAUCGGUAUCCUUGCAAUUGCGUUGGAGUCGAUUUACCUCCCAUCACGUAUCCUCAGAACCAUGGCCUUGCAAGGAUUGAUCCCAGAGAAAUUUAGUCACUGCGACGAGCGCGGUCGACCUCGUUGGGCGCUUGCCUUCACAUCUGUUGUAGCAGUAGUCAUGAGCUACAUGAGUCUUAACGCUGGCGGAACCGAAGCUCUCAACUGGUUCGUGUCAAUCACAAGCGCCUCAUUCUUCUCCAACUGGGCCAUCAUCGCCUUUACGAGCUUCUUCUUCCACCGCGCGUUGAAGGCACAAGGUGAUGAGAUCUUCAGCCAGAGAUAUGCCUGGAGAUCAUUCGCCUGGCCUUCGUCGCCUGUCUACCUGAUGCUAAUUUGCGUGCUUUUGCUCGUAUGCUUGUUCUACAUGGCCAUCAACCCCAUCAGUGGUACUGGGUUCACAGCCUACAACUUCUUCCAGAACCUAAUUGGUUUGUUGAUGAUUGUGGUAUUCACGCUAGGAUAUAAGGUCCUCAUGCGUACCAAGUGGCAAUCUGCUAAGACAGCCGAUCUUCAAACUGGCCGAAAUGAGCUUCGACCGGAUGAAAUUGAGUUCUUGGACAGUUACUAUAGUCGCCCGUGGUGGCAGCGUCUUGGCACCUACCUGUCUCUAUAUUAA